AUGAUCUACCUGUUCGAUAUUCUUGAGCGCUAUCAAUCUCAGACUCGGUCCUCCGACCUCCCUUGGAUAAUCUUCCGGCAUUUGGAGAGUGAUUACCUGGCCAAGUCGAAUGAAAAACGACUGUCGCGCCCUGAGAUGAAGAAAGUGGUCCACAGUCCUUUGAGGCCCUUCCGUUGCUGCCCGCUACCACUUAUUUCAUCCCAGGCCGAAGGGGUUGAGUUGGACAGCGAUGCGUACGAGUUCAACGUUUGGCAGGCCCAGAGAAGGUUCCGUAAGCUGCCAAGGAGGUUGACCUAG